AUGCGAGCUUUUCCGGGAUUAUAUGACGAGCAGUUGGCGACGCGCGGGGAAGACUGGCUUGUUCAUCACACACCUUCAGGCUCCCGGUCAUUAAUGGCAAUGGUGGUUAGUACAGUGUUCCUUUUGUGUGCCAUUUUGUGGUUGAUCUACCGAUUGGUGCGAUUCCUGAACAUUCCUAUUUCAACCAUCGUGAACUGUUUGAACCCAGCGAUUUCUCAUGUGCCGCAGGUCCUUAUAGAGAGACUGGGCACAGACACGAUAGUGUUCCGGUGGGAGAACCAACUUGCGGCAGGGGCGCAACCCUGCCCGCUUUCGCAUUACGCUGUCUUUCUGAAUGGACGCAAGGUGGGCGAUUUUCCAAAUAACUCCAGAGCACUGUACACAUACUGCGCGUUUCGCAAUUUGCUACCUGGAUGCCCCUACCGGCUGGACAUUCUGAUGGUACGAAGGGAUGGGUUUGUCGAUGAUGGGAAAACAUUGCAUUUGCGAACGCUGCCCCCGGACGCAGGUGGCGUUCGGGACAGCGUAGAAGCCGGCGGGCUGCCUGCCGCGGGGAAUGGAGCGAAGCCUGUUCGCAGCGCGAAGAGGCUUGGGAACAGGACCAGAACACACUCGAUGCCGGUGCCCGAAAAGCAUAACGACGAAAUGGCGCUAGCGUCGUAUUCAUUUUUCCAUUCACUCCAAGAUUUGGAGGAGUUCUCGAUAGAUGAGCUGAAGGAGGUUCUUCUGCGCACACAUCAAGAGCUACAGGACUUUCUGAAGCAUGUAUCAGCGACCAUGAAUGGGUUCAAGAUGACCAAGACCCAGCUACUGGGCGAACUAGAUACUUUGAAGUCACAGUGGAACCACAACACCGAUGUUAGGAAGACGCUAAAGACCAAACUAAAGACACUAGAAAACACCAAGGCCGUUUACGAGCUGAAAAGAGAUAGGCUUUUGAAGACCAUAGAAGUUUCUAGCAAUAAGUUGAACAAGAUGCAUAUGGAUAUGGAUAUGUGGUCUUCAGAACAAAAUAAUGCAUUGCAUAUGGACACAUUAAGGCAGAAUUACAACCUGGAGAAGGAGCAUAUAAACACCCAGAUCGCAGCGACAACGAGCCGUCUCCAGUCGAUGCAACAUGAACUGAACCAACUUGAGGAGCAGAAUAAAAGACUGAAUCGCCUGAAAAAGACGUUGGAUACAACCAAGGAUAGUGUGCACAACACAGCAUCUCCAGUGUCUUGGAGGAGUAUGUCGCACAGUGUAAGUGAACAGAUGAUAUCUCACUUUGAAGCGUUUUGCGAUGAAUCCAACGGAUCCCUAUCGGAACUGCCUCAACAACUUCCGAUCGUGCAGCUCCUCAGAGAUGAGCUCGAAAAGGAUAUUGCACUGUAUGAAGAGUGCAACGAAAACAAACUACAAGCUUACAAGCAUCUCGAAUACCUGGAAACCAUGUGGGAGCAGGUUUCUAUGACGAACCAACAAUACAGAACCGCCAUUACUCGGCAACAAUACCCGAUUGUCAACAGUCAACCGCUUGAUAACUCAAACCUAAUCAACAGUCCAUCCAUCAUCCAUGUUGAUUUAGCUCCGCAAUUGAUGUUGCACGACCCUUCAACGUACUCGGAGUCAGACUGUUCGUCUCCACUGCUGACUCAACAAAUUCCAAAUACGUAUCGGCUACCGUCGACUCUGUACCCCGGGUGGGCCCAGCAGCAACAUCCUGUUCAGCGGGCCACACCGCAGCCGUAUACACCCGAUGAUGAGGUACCUAUGGAAUACGAUCAUGCAAGUCACCUGCUCUCUGGUUUACAAAGCAUCAUUUCAGAAGCAGAUGAUUCAAAUAAAAAUACGUCAAAGUCAAAACUAUUUACCACAGAUCAGCUGGACAAUUACUGGGUUCAAGCUUCGCACCCAAGUAAAAAGGGGGACAGCCCGCACGUGGGAAAUGGCGCCGUACGCAUCUCGAAUGCGAAACAAAUGGCUCCCCCUGAAGUAACAAUCACUCGCAGCGCCUCACCAGACAUACUCUCCGUGGCUCCCCAAUAUCCCAGCAAGUCACGGGUGCCCCUUUCGGGCACGAGCAGGAGCCUUCUAGCCACGCUAAACCAAUACUUACCUGCCACGGAACCGAAUAAUGGUCUGCCUCUGCUGUCAGUACAGAGGAAUGAUGACGAAAACAUCUAUUUUAAUCACGGCAUUCCCUAUGGAUCACUGAGCUCCAGCCCUUUAACUAUUCCAACAGGUGCGGUCUCCUCUCCGGAUUCCGCGUUUUACUCGCCUAAUUUUAACAUUUGGCACAAUUUAGACCCCAGUGACUCAGACACCCUGCGGAAGGGCCCAUCUGAAGCCACCGACGGGAAUCCCGGGCCAGCGCACGGGAAGUCAUACCCAUUAACGCCUUCUGAAGGCUGA